AUGAUAAGUGAAUACAAUAGGAGGGAAGAACAAUCAAAAAAUUCAAAUAAUUCGAAAUGGAAAGAUUUCCUACAGAGGCUUGGGCCGGACAGCGCGAUCAAGCCGGUGAAACUCCCACAUCAGCAGAAGAAGCUAGUUUUGGAUGAAGCUCUUUUCAAUCAAAAUCCUAAUGUAUACGUAAAUGGAAUACUUAAUGAGACAAACCAAGAAGGUGAGCAACAUGCCGACACUAUUGCAGACAGGUACAGAGUGGGACUGCAACUUCUAAACAAUAACGAUUACACCAAUGUUACGAGUUUGGCAUAUUGGAAGGCAUCUUCCUGUAAAACAGGUAACCCUAUAACGAACGCCAUUGAUGACAGCUUUGAGAAUUAUUGGCAAAGUGAUGGAAUACAACCACAUACUGUUGAUGCAUAUUUUUCGAAAAGAAUGGAUAUUGUUUUAAUCGGUAUAUUUUUCACCAUAACGGCUGAUGAAUCAUAUACUCCACGGGUAAUACACAUAUUUGCAGGGAACAGCCCAUCCGAUGCUGUGUUUUACAAAACACUUAUAGUAAAUAACAUGAAUGGUUGGGCUGCAUUAACGUUUGAAGAUAACUUGCCAGUCGAGAAACUAUUGAAAUGCCAAUAUCUCCGAUUCAAGUUUCCGGUAAAUCACGAAAAUGGUAAGGACACUCAUCUUAGAGGCAUAAGGGUAUACACAGCUUCAAAUAAUCAAUGCAAACCACAGUUGGAAACUAUCAAACUACAACCUGUGCUGCCAGAGUUAGACUCGUUUGGCUUAAGAUGA